AUGGAGGGGUUAAUUCCAUAUCUGAUUCAUGCGAUCAAGAAAGACCAAAAGCCUCAACAUCAGAGGUAUCGGUCGAUAUCUUUAGGAUCGAGCCAUAGCUAUCGACCACUAAUGAUGGGACAAGAAGGUUCUUCUUCAUUACAGGGAUCUUCUCACCGUCGGACUAGGUCAGAGUACAAGCCACCUGAAAUAAUGGACAGGUUUGAUCAGAGAUCAUCAGGUUUUGGUCAAGAUUUUGUUGUAGAUGCUGUGAAGAAAGAUUCUCCUUCUUCUUCUCAGAAUGUAGCCACAAAGCCUCAGCUUGCAGCUAGGCGAUGA